AUGAAGUCCAUCCUGCUGCUACUGGUUCUGCUGAGUGCUGCGCUGGCAGAUCCUCGCUACAACGUCUGCCCUGAAUUCUGGUUCAUGUACAAAGGUGGCUGCUACAAGUACCUCAGCUCCCUGAAGUCCUGGUACGAUGCUGAAGAACACUGUAACGGUGUUGGCGGCCAUCUUGCUUCAGUGUACAGCUUCCUACAGCAGAUGAUCCAGACCGCCGGUCAGUCCAGGACCUGGCUGGGAGGAUUCAACCUGCAGAACCACUGGCUGUGGAUCAACCGGGACGGGUUCUACGACACCAACUGGUACCAGCCUUCAUCUGUCUCCAGCUACCCCUGCAUGUUCAUGUAUUCGAAACAUGAUUGGGGAAAUACUCUAUGCGCCACAAACAUUCCCUUCAUUUGCUUCAAGAACCCGUUUGGCUGAGGCGUCCUCUUCUCUCUUCGCUCCGUUUUCAC